GCCACCAUCGUUACUAGCUAGACUCAUGUCUCCCAUUUUCCAGUCAUUGUAGAAAGAAAUAUGGGGGAGAAGAGUAAGAUCUUGCUCAUCGGAGGAACUGGUUACAUCGGAAAAUUCAUCGUCGAGACCAGUGCCAAGUCUGGCCACCCUACUUUCCUCCUCAUCAGGGGACCCACGCUCUUAAAUCCAUCCAAAUCCUCCAUGCUCGACUCAUUUAAGAAAUCCGGCGUUACUUUCAUCACUGGAGAUUUGUAUGACCAUGAUAGCCUGGUGAGGGCAGUAAAGCAGGUAGAUGUAGUGAUCUCGACAGUCGGGCCCGCGCAAUUUGGUGAUCAAGUUAACAUCAUUGCCGCCAUCAAAGCAGCUGGCAAUGUCAGGGUAUUGAAAAUUACAAAUAUAAUGCGUUUGAAUCAGAUUGAUCUUUUGAAGUUGAUAACGAUCAAACUUUUUCUCUUGACGUAUUUCAAUGUGAUGAAGAAAUUCUACCCAUCGGAGUUCGGAAAUGAUGUGGAUCGUACUCAUGCAGUGGGUCCGGCUAAAACAGCUUUCGCAACUAAGGCUCAAAUUCGUCGUGCCAUUGAAGCCGAAGGAAUCCCUUAUACGUACAUAGUUAACAAUUGCUUUGAUGGUUACUUUCUUCCGAGUUUAGCACAGCCUGAAGCCACCGCUCCUCCGUUGGAUAAGGUGGUUAUCUUCGGCGAUGGUGAUACAAAAGCUGUUUUCAAUGAGGAACAUGACAUUGCAACCUACACCAUUCAGACUAUUGAUGACCCAAGGACUCUAAACAAAAUCGUUUACAUCAAGCCUUCGUGUAACGUUUACUCAUUCCAUGACUUGGUGUCGUUAUGGGAGAAAAAGAUCGGAAAAACCUUGGAGAGGGUCUAUCUGUGUGAAAGCCAAGUUUUGAAGAACUUAGAGGAAUCUCCUGCCCCACUAAAAAAGAAUUUGUCGAUUUGGCACUCCGUCUUUGUUAAAGGAGAUCAAACAAACUUUGAGAUUGAACCAUCAGUAGGGGUCGAAGCCUCAACACUUUAUCCAGAUGUUAAAUACGUUACAGUUGACGAAUAUCUAAGCCGUUUUGUUUGAUACAUUAUCGUUAGAACAUAUUACAUAAUAUCAUCAGGUGUGAUUAUAGUGAUCGAGCUUAAGACGAUGUGUUUUGUGAGUGAUUUUACUUUGUAGACCUUUUGUUUUUUGUUUUGUUCAUAAUAAACAAAGACUUUGAGGGCUUUUUAGCCAUCGAAUGAAAUAUGUGGUGUUAUUGGUAUGAAUAUUACAAUCAUUUUUCAUA